CUUAACUUACUCAAUUAAAGCAUAAGAGCAAGAUUAAAAGAAAAGAAGGAAAGUUAUGGAAGGAAAGAACAUUGCAGUAUGUGUAAUUGCUGGCGUUCUUGGUUUAAUAGCAGUUGUUAUGGGCUUUGUUGCCGAGGCUACCAAAGUUAAGGGUGAUCAAGUAAUAUUUACACAAGAUUAUGGGGCUUGUUUUUAUCCAACGAGUCCAUCGGUGGCACUGGGAAUAGUUGCUUCAAUAAUUCUUUUGAUUCAGCAAAUACUUAUAAGUAGUGCAACUGGCUGUUUUUGUUGCAGACGAAAUCCUUGUCCUUCAACUUGUAGUGGCAUAACAGCUCUUAUUUGCUUUAUCUUCUCUUGGUUGGUCUUCAUUGGAGCAUUUGUAAUGCUGAUGUAUGCGUCCAUUCUCAACACCACUAAGUACCUUGAAGAUGCGACCAACACUCUCGGCGAGGGCUGCCUCGUUCCGAAGUCCGGCUACUUCAUUGGGGCGGGGGUAUUGAUUUCUAACGAGAAGAGGAUUAUUCCGAAGGGUAGUGCUCCAAAUGUUGGAAAAGAGUCUGGUAUUGCCACAGCAAAACCACAAAUGCCAACAAAUGUGUAAAACGUCAUUAUGUGUUUUUAUCAAUUUAUGUGAUCUUGUGAACUCAAAUUUAUGUAUGUCUGCAAAAAUUGAUGUAUUUGUUAUUUGGACAGAAUAAUAAAGCAAACGUAAUCAAGAAUUGAUUAUCA